CGGCAGGGAAGUCCACCGCCGAGAUCGCUCCUGGACACCUGUGCACCAUGGGGACGCAAGCUGCCGUGACGUUAGUGCUGCUGCUAUUGCUGGUGGCGGCGCUGGGGACAUCCGCCGCGCCCUACGCCCCCCAGUCGCCCUUCGGCGCCCCCGCGCAGCCCAAGGGCAAGUGCGACUGCUCGCCGGCGGCCGACUCGCCGCCAGUGGUGGGCAACCCGGGCACGCCCCCCAUGGUCGCCGUCGAGAGGACGCUGCAGCGCCAGUGCGACCUGGUGGACCCCACCGCCUGCCUCGACACCAGCGGCGACGGCCUCGACGGGGAGACGGACUUCGUGGUGGUGGGUUCCGGCACUGCGGGCAGCGUGCUGGCGUGCCGCCUCUCGGAGGACGGCCGGCACCGCGUCACGCUGCUGGAGGCGGGACCUCCCGCCCCCGCCGCCGCCGCCGCCCCCAGCCUCUACCACGCCUACGAGGGCACCGUGCUCGACUGGAACUACGAGCUCGAGAAGGACCCUAACAGCUGUCUCGCCAGCACCUGUCGCUGGCCGCGAGGGCGCGUGGUGGGAGGCACGAGCGUGCUGCACGGCAUGAUGUACAUGCGAGGACACCCCUGGGACUACGACCGGUGGGCGCAGUCGGGCUGCCGCAGCUGGUCCUGGAAGGAUGUGCUGCCCUACUUCCUGCGCUCCGAGGACAACCUCGACGUCAAGAGGCGCAGUGACUUCGUAGACCCGUCGCUGCACGGCACGGACGGCCCGAUGACGGUGCAGCGCUUCAACUGGCAGCCGCGGCUGGUGGACCAAAUGCUGCGCGCCGCGUCGCAGCUGGGCCAGCGCGUCGGCCACGACCCCAACGGCGCCUCCGGCCAGCUGGGCUUCACGCCCGCGCAGGCCACCACCGUGCUCGGCGCCCGCUCCAGCCUGCUGCGACAGUUCUGCGGCGGCUCCGCGCGCCGACCCAACCUCAGCAUCGUCACCAGGGCUCAGGUGACCCGUGUACUGGUAGACCCACAGUCAAAGCGGGCCACAGGCGUGGAGUAUAUGCGAAAGGGCAAGACACGACGACUCAUGGCCGCCAAAGAGGUCAUCCUCAGCGCUGGAACUGUCGCAUCGCCGCAGAUCCUCCUCCUGUCUGGAAUCGGUCCUAAGGAGCAUUUGCAGAAAGUCGGGAUACCCGUCAUCCAUCACUUGCCUGGUGUUGGAAGACGGCUCCAGAAUCAUGUUUCAUACAAGAUGAGGGUCCAGCUGAACAACUGGAAGCAGGAAGCACUGCUGAACAAUGGAACACUUCAUGAAUAUGUGAAGAAGAGAGUAGGACCAAUAACCUCCACAGGAAUGUCACAGCUGACAGGCUUCAUCCGAACCAAGUACGCACCUCAGAUGCCCGCGAAUCUGCCAGAUGUGCAGAUAUUCUUCGCUGGUGAGCAGGCUAAUGGUUCUUCUGUAGUGAGCAGCUCCUCACCUCCAGCAUACAUAGACAUUGUGCCCACACUGCUUCGACCAGAGAGUCGUGGUUACUUAGAGCUACGCAGCAAGGACCCGUUCCAGCCACCACGCAUAUUUGCCCAGUACUUCAGAGAUACAUUUGAUGUCAAGGUGCUGAUUGAGGGCAUCAGAUUUGUGCUUGAAUUCGUCAGAACACCAGCCAUGAGAGAGCUGGGUGCCAAUCUUACACCUGAACUGACCCAGGGCUGUGAAAGAUAUGUGGCAGGAUCAGAUGACUUUUGGGCUUGUGCUGUAAAACGCUACACAGGCCCUGAGAAUCACCAGGUGGGAACGUGCCAAAUGGGUGACCCGUACAAUCCUAACACUGUCGUUGAUCCCCAACUCAGGGUAGUAGGAAUAAAAGACCUGCGUGUUGUAGAUGCCUCUAUAAUGCCACAUGUUCCCUCAGGCAACAUUAAUGCACCUAUUGUCAUGGUUGCUGAGAAAGGCGCACAAAUGAUCAGAGAUGAUUGGCACUGACGUCACAUCUUCGUGAACACAAAUGCAACACCAGUGAAAUAAUGCAGCUACGUGUAUUAACAAGAGGCUUAUGUUAGUCAAUAUUAUUGAUCUAUUUCUGAGAUUCGUGAUGUAUGUAUGUGUGUGUGUGUGUGUGUGUGUGAGUGUGCGCAGCCCGUGGUGUAGUAUAAUUGUGGUUUCACACUUAUUUUUAAUUUUGAAGUCUUCUUGUAUUUAUUCAGAUAUUUUCAGUGUUGAAGGGGUUUACUUAAGUUUAAUCAGUUUCUCUCAAGCAAUUUCAACAUCUCUACUUUUCCUUUGGCAAAAACUUUUACUUCUGGUACUGUGUACAACUGAAUUUUUUUUUAGUUGUUAACAUGCUCCUAGAACAUUUCUCUUCUACCCACAUUCUGUUCUUAUCUUACGAUGUUACUACAUUUUUCUUUGAACAUUAGGUCUCAGAAAAUUAAUAAACUCUAUGAAGGAUCUGUCUGUCCCUUCUCAGAAAAUGAUUACUAUGAAUGCCACAUAAAUGGACAAUGAAAGUUUUCAUUUUCCAUAGUUUCCCCUUCAGUUUAAUUCAUUUAUACUGAAACAAGAGUAUUUAAUAAUACCUUUAUGUAUAAUUUGCCUUGUUAUGGGCACACCUACAACAUUCAGGCUGUGAGUCUAUUUCUACCUCUUGCACAUUUUCUGAAAUUCUGCAUUACAGAUGCAGUGAAAUUUAGGAAGCACUGAGGUGACACUACACAAACCAGGACAUUCUACAUCUAGAUGCUGUCUGUUGGUACCUCGUAACAUUCAAGUUGUUUUGGUGUGUAGUUUCAGUAUUAUAAUACCCCAGUAUUGUCAAGUCAAUAAUUGCCAUACUAUUGUGAUCUCAAGAGUCUUUUUGAAGGCAGUAAUAAAGCAUGAAUGCUAUUUUGUAUUGGACGAUUUAAUAUAACAGGAGUAAUCUGAGUAAAUUCGGAUUAUAUACUGAAAACUGAAUGAGAACAAUUGAUUGGGAUGAGUAAUUCUGAAAUUGUAUGUAAACGGUCUACCUGUAAAUCACAAUCCCAGUGACACAAUUAAUUUAAGAUCACCUGAUUAGCCUUCACCAAAUGUGAGGAGUUAUUGCUCCAGAGUUACAGAUUUGUUUAUUUAGUCAGUAGUCAUAUUGACUUCCUCUGCAGUGUAACCAAAGAUAUCAAUAUAAUUAUAAAUAAAUUAUGCUCCAAAUUA